AUGUCUCGCCUCGCUCAGCCCAAGACCUCGCCCGUCAUCAAACGUGACGGGCGUAUGGGCGGUGGCGCUGGUGGCCCAGAUGGUGAGCUGCACAACGACAUACGCCGCAUGAAUCUUGAUCAAACACAGAGUACGAAUGCUGAUCUGGUAGCAACAGAAAUAUGUCCUGUCUGCAAGUCAUCACGAUACCUCAACGCGAGCCUCAGGUUCCUAGUCAACCCAGAAUGCUAUCACAAGAUGUGCGAGUCGUGCGUCGACCGCAUCUUCUCACAUGGUCCGGCACCUUGCCCUAUACCGAAGUGUGGUCGAACGCUUCGCAAGCAUCGCUUUCGAGAGCAAACAUUCGAGGACCUGCGCGUAGAGCGCGAGGUCGACAUACGGAAACGAGUAGCAGCUGUAUUCAACAAGCGAGAAGAGGACUUCGAAAACCUCCGAGACUACAACGACCAUCUGAACGACGUCGAGGACAUCACAUUUAACCUGAUCGAAGGCAUCGAUGUAGAGGAGACGGAGAAGCGGUUCGAGGCUUACAAGCAAGCAAAUUCUCGUGAGAUCGAGGAGAAUGCACAAAUGGCAGCACAUGAGAAGCAGUCCUUCACACAGCAGCAAAAGGUCGAACGGCACCAGGCGAAGCAAAGACGUGAAGCCGCUCGGCGGGAAGAAGAAGAGGAACGACGAGAAGCCGAGGAGAAUAGGAAAGAUGUCCUCAAACGACUUGCUUCGGGUGCAGAUGCCGAUACUGUGGCCAAGGAAGGUCAGCGAGUGCAGCUGCGAAAGCGCAUGGAUCGCCAAGCAGCAGCAGAGCGACAAAGACAGCUACAGGCCGCAGAGGACGCCCGCAACAAUGGAAGCAGUAACUUCGUGAUCAAAGGUCUCAAAGCCAAGACCAAGGCAGAGCCUGAGGAGCCUAUCGAUCCGUUUGGUGGGCUGCGAUUUGUGGACAGCUACUACUCCCUGCAAGACGAUUAUGUAUGGGAGGGUAUUCAGGAAGCGAAGAAGGAUGUGCGGCAGACUGCUGGCGGGUACGACGUCAUGGAUUAUGCACGACGGUCACUGGUAGCUGCUUUCUCUGGUCUGGGUGUGUUCGUGGCGGACGAGGUCACGCAGAGAGAUCAGGUUGGUCAGGAUGCUGAGGCUGUGGGGACUGCGAGGGCGGAUAUCGGAGUGAAGGAUAUCGGGAUGGUUGAUGCUGCGUGA